AUGAGUUUGCCCCUCAAUCCAAAGAACUUCCUCAUUGGGCUGACUGGGAAGCCUGUGAUGGUGAAGCUGAAGCUGAACAUGCAAUACAAGGGCUACCUUGCCUCUGUCGAUGGCUACAUGAACAUGCAGCUUGCAAAUACAGACGAAUAUAUUGAUGGAGCAUUUUCUGGAUACCUUGGCGAAGUUCUGAUAAGGUGUAAUAAUGUCCUUUAUAUACGGGGUGUGGAGGAGGAGGAAGAAGAUGGAGAAAUGAGAGAAUAA